AUGUCUCACAGGAAGUACGAGCACCCCCGCUGCGGUUCCCUCGGGUUCCUCCCGCGCAAGCGCGCCGCCCGCCACCGUGGAAAGGCCAAGAGCUUCCCGAAGGACGACCCGAAGGCGCCGGUCCACCUCACCGCCUUCCUCGGCUACAAGGCCGGCAUGACCCACGUCGUCCGUGACCUUGAGCGCCCCGGCUCGAAGAUGCACAAGAAGGAGGUCGUCGAGGCCGCCACCAUCAUCGAGACGCCGCCUAUGGUCGCUGUCGGUGUCGUCGGCUACGUCGAGACGCCGCGUGGCCUCCGCUCGCUCACGACCGUGUGGGCCGAGCACCUGUCGGACGAGGUCAAGCGUCGCUUCUACAAGAACUGGUACCGCUCGAAGAAGAAGGCGUUCACCAAGUACGCCAAGAAGCACGCCGAGUCGGGUUCGGCGUCGUCGGUCGCCCGCGAGCUCGAGCGCAUCUCGAAGUACUGCUCGGUCGUCCGCGUCCUCGCGCACACCCAGAUCCGCAAGACUGGCCUCGCGCAGAAGAAGGCGCACCUCAUGGAGAUCCAGAUCAACGGCGGCUCCAUCGCCGACAAGGUCGAGUUCGCCAAGUCGCACUUCGAGAAGACGUUCGACGUCUCGUCGAUCUUCGAGCAGGACGAGAACAUCGACAUCAUCGCCGUCACCCAGGGUCACGGUUUCGAGGGCGUCACCCACCGUUGGGGCACCAAGAAGCUCCCGCGCAAGACCCACAAGGGUCUUCGCAAGGUUGCCUGCAUCGGUGCGUGGCACCCGAGCAAGGUCAUGUACUCGGUCGCUCGCGCCGGUCAGGACGGUUACCACCACCGUACCGAGCUCAACAAGAAGGUCUACCGCAUCGGCAAGGCCGGCGACGAGGCCUCGGCUUCGACCGAGUUCGACAUCACCAACAAGGCCAUCACCCCGAUCGGUGGCUUUGUCCGCUACGGCAUCGUCAAGAACGACUGGGUCAUGAUCAAGGGCUCGUGCCCGGGUGUCGUCAAGCGCGUCGUCACGCUCCGCAAGUCGCUCAUCACGCACACCUCGCGCGCCGCCCUCGAGAAGAUCAACCUCAAGUUCAUCGACACGUCGUCCAAGUUCGGUCACGGCCGUCACCAGACCAUCGAGGAGAAGAGGGCGUUCGAGGGUCAGCUCAAGAUCAAGGCCUAA